AUGGGAAACUUGUUACAGAAAAAUUCACAGAAACACCAGGAAGAUGAAGAAGAAGAUGAUGAUUCAACCCUCGCCUGUGAGAUAUGCAUUGAACCCAUUUCAUCAAACAAGAAGUUCAAGAACAACCACAACUGUACUCACUCUUUCUGCAUGGACUGCAUGGCCAGCUACAUUCAAGUCAAGGUUGAAGACCAGUACGUCCCCGAUGUAGCAUGCCCUGCCUUAGACUGUGGCCAUCUCUUAGACCCUCUCCAUUACCUGCCUAUCCUUCCGGCAAAACUCUUCACUAAGUGGUCCGACCUCCUCUGCGAGAAGGUGGUCCUUCUAGGGUUUGAAAGAUGCUACUGCCCUAACCAAACUUGCUCAGUGUUGAUAGUGAAUGAGUGUGGGGGGAAUGUUAGGAGAUCAAAGUGCCCAAAUUGUAAGAAGCUCUUUUGUUUUCAGUGUAAGAGUCCAUGGCAUUCGGGUUAUCGAUGUGAUGAGAGGGAAGAGAUGAGAGAUGUGAAUGAUAUGUUGUUUGGGGAGCUUGUGGAGACCAAGAAGUGGAGUAGAUGUCCUAGUUGUGGUCAUUGUGUUGAGCUUGUUGAAGGUUGCCCCAAUGUUUCUUGCAAGUUUGUUUUCUCUUUUUGA